CUCGCGGUUCACGUGGGCGGUCGGAACCCCCCAACUGACCGGCAGAAAACUUCGAUGACAAUCUCGAGCUUGCUCUCCUUAUACGCGAUAGCUCGACAUUCUCUGGUUGUUUCCUGCUAUUUUCAAGUCAAUUGACCCUGCCCACUGCUAUUGUGGGCACCGCCAUCACGUCUCUUCCAUCUUCUUCCGUUUUUUUCCUUCGUAUCGUCGAUCGAUCCGCAGCUGGUCCUGCUUUUGCCGCGCGCCAUCCCUGCGCCCGCUUCCGCCUUUACUCCCCCUCCUCAUCUCCCCACCUUCCACCUCUUCUCUGUCGCUUCUACUCCAGCAAGAAGAAGAAAUCCAAUAAAAUGCCUCCCAAGAAGGCCCAAGUUCAAGAAAAGGUCCUGCUGGGCCGCCCCGGCAACAACUUGAAGAGCGGUAUCGUUGGUCUUGCCAACGUCGGCAAGUCGACGCUCUUCCAAUCUAUCACCAAGUCCUCUCUGGGUAACCCGGCCAACUUCCCCUAUGCCACCAUUGACCCUGAAGAGGCCCGUGUCAUCGUCCCCGAUGAGCGGUUCGACUGGCUCUGCAGCCACUACAAGCCCAAGUCCCAGGUGCCCGCCAACUUGACCGUGUAUGAUAUUGCCGGUCUGACCCGCGGUGCUUCCACCGGUGCUGGCCUGGGUAACUCCUUCUUGUCGCACAUCCGCGCUGUCGAUGCCAUCUUCCAGGUCGUUCGUUGCUUCGACGAUGCCGAGAUCAUCCACGUCGAGGGUGAUGUCGACCCCGUCCGCGAUCUGACCAUCAUCAGCGAGGAGCUGCGCAUUAAGGAUAUCGAGUUCGUCGAAAAGGCCCUCGAGGCCCUGGGCAAGCAGACCCGCCGUGGUGGUCAGUCGCUGGAGAUGAAGAAGCUGAAGGAGGAGGAGGCUACCACUGCCAAGGUCCUCGAGUGGCUCAAGGAAGGCAAGGAUAUCCGUGAGGGUGAAUGGGGCCCCAAGGAGGUCGAAGUUAUCAACCCCCUGUUCCUUCUGACUGCCAAGCCUGUCGUCUACCUCGUCAACCUGAGCGAGAAGGACUUCAUUCGCAAGAAGAACAAGUACCUUCCCAACCUUUUCGCGUGGGUUAAGGAGAAGUCUCCCAACUCGCCUAUUCUUCCCAUCUCUGCCCAGUUCGAGGAGCGUUUGACCCAGAUGGGUGACGAUGCUGCCGCUGAGGAGGAGUGCAAGAAGCUCGGCACCGCCUCUGGCCUGCCCAAGGUCAUCACCACCAUGCGUCAGGCUCUCAACCUGGCCAGCUUCUUCACCACUGGUGCGGAUGAGGUUCGCCAGUGGACUAUCCGCAAGGGCAUCAAGGCCCCCCAGGCUGCCGGUGUUAUCCACACUGACUUUGAGAAGACCUUCAUCCAGGCUAUUGUAUACAACUACAACACCCUGAAGGAGCUCGGUGACGAGGCUGCCGUCAAGGCUGCCGGUAAGAUCAUGACCAAGGGCAAGGACUACGUCGUCGAGGACGGUGACAUCAUGCUCAUCAAGGCUGGUGCUGCCAAGUCUUAAUCACGUUGCUGUAGCUCAAUAGUUGAUACACCUUGUCCAAAAAUGAUGAUACGUUUCUGUACACAACUU